AUGUCGUGUUCAUCCUCGUCUGGAUCAGAAGGAGAAGAAGAAGGUUUCGAUUCUUACCGGAAAGGUGGCUAUCACGCCGUCAGGAUCGGCGAUCCUUUUUCCGGCGGUCGCUACAUCGCCCAGCGAAAGCUCGGUUGGGGUCAAUUCUCCACCGUCUGGCUUGCCUACGAUACUCUCACCUCCAGCUAUGUUGCUUUGAAGAUUCAGAAGAGCGCACAGCAGUUCGCUCAAGCCGCACUUCACGAAAUCGAGUUUCUCUCAGCUGCUGCAGACGGAGAUGUCGCCAACACCAAAUGCGUCGUUCGUCUCAUCGACCAUUUCAAGCACGCAGGUCCCAACGGGCAGCAUCUAUGCAUGGUGCUUGAGUUUCUUGGCGACAGCUUACUCCGUUUGAUCAGAUACAACCGUUACAAAGGUCUGAAACUUGAUAAAGUCAGGGAGAUUUGCAGAUGUAUACUCACAGGUUUGGAUUACUUGCACCGUGAGCUCGGUAUGAUCCACUCCGACUUAAAACCUGAGAACAUUCUUCUCUCUUCCACCAUUGAUCCUGCCAAAGAUCCAGUCAGAUCCGGACUAACUCCGAUACUAGAAAAGCCGGAAGGGAACGCGAACGGCGGUGGUGGUGCAUCGGCGAUGAAUCUGAUUGAGAAGAAGUUGAAGAGGAGAGCGAAGAGAGCGGUUGCUAAGAUAUCAGAGAGGAGAGUUUCAAUGUAUGGUGCUGUAGGUGAAGAGGAAGCAUCGUCGAAGAGUGAGAGAUGUCUUGAUGGGAUUGAUAUGAGAUGUAAAGUGGUUGACUUUGGCAACGCUUGUUGGGCUGAUAAACAGUUUGCGGAAGAGAUACAGACGAGACAGUACCGAGCUCCUGAAGUGAUCCUGAAGUCUGGUUACUCUUUCUCUGUUGAUAUGUGGUCUUUUGGUUGUACUGCUUUCGAGCUUGUCACAGGGGAUAUGCUGUUUGCUCCUAAAGAGGGGAAUGGUUAUGGAGAAGACGAGGACCAUCUUGCUCUUAUGAUGGAACUUCUUGGGAAGAUGCCUCGAAAGAUUGCGAUUGGAGGAGCGAAGUCAAAAGACUAUUUUGAUAGGCAUGGGGAUUUGAAGAGAAUCAGGAGGUUGAAGUAUUGGCCACUGGAUAGGUUACUGGUAGAUAAAUACAAGAUUCCGGAAGCAGAAGCGAAGGAGUUGGCCGAGUUUCUGAGUCCGAUUCUGGAGUUUGCGCCGGAGAAACGACCGACUGCGCAACAGUGCUUGGAACAUCCGUGGAUGAAUGUUGUAAGUACACAGAAGAGCAAUGCAGAUAAUGUAGAGUCCCAAAUGAAUAACUUGCAUAUCAAAGGGUGA